UACUGCAGUCAAGGGGAAAAAUUCUUGAGGUAUUCUCACAGGAAUUUAGAUAAAUAUUGUAUCUUUUAAAGUAUGUGGAGCUUUACAUAAUAUUUCAUUCAAAAAACAGUGGGGUUUUUUCUUCUUCUUUUUUUUUUUCUUAAAGCCUCUUCCUCCUUGUCAUGACUCUAAGGAAUCUAUGCAGGUGUAUAAACAGCACUGCAAAAUAGCAGAAGAGUACCAUGAGGUCAAGAAAGAAAUUGCUCUGCUGGAAGAAAGAAAAAAGGAGCUGAUUGCCAGACUGGAACAAGUGGAAAAAGAAAGCAUGGAUGCUGCUCAGCUGGCUAAGGAGUAUGCAGAACUGACAGAGGAGAACCGAACACUGAAGCUGGCCCAGACGCAGUGCGUGGAGCAGCUGGAAAAGCUCAGGAUACAGUAUCAAAAAAGACAGGGUUCCUCAUAACUCCCAACUAGCUCAUACAGGAUUGGUCCUGUGCUGGAAAGAGAUUUUAAAAUAAAGAUCUGUUUAAUAUGUUACAACACUUUACUACAGACACAGAGUAUGUAGAAGUCUAUAUUUGAUUUAAUGCUUGCCUCCCAGUAGC